GCUCUCACGGUAUUUAAUGCUGUGUACCUAUAGUUGAUAUAAGAGUACUAGUGAAAUUGAAAAGCCACAUCAGAUCAGAGUUUCUAUGGAACAAGGAAGUAGCUUGGUAGAGGUGUCAUUCCAGUUUCUGUUGUCAGUUGCCACGUUACAGUGCUGCAAAACUGGUUCCUCCUCUCUGCUUUCCACCAGAACAUCAACAGUUCAACGUUGCCUUUCCCUUCUUGGAAAAAAAAAGGCUUGUAGCUCAGGAAAGCUCACAGUUGUGUCUCAUUUAUCUGUUUUUGCUGGUCCUUUCAGCAAGUAGGGGACUAAAACUGGAGAAACUGAAGGUAUACAGUGGCUGUACUGAUGACAGUGUGUCCAGUGAGGUAAAUUAAGACGUCUACACGGCGUUCUCAGGUUUCCAGGCUGAAUUCGGGAUUUAUGCUCUUCUCUAGUAAGACACAGUGAACCAACUCUGUCAGCCUCAAGCUGCCUGUAGUGGAAAAAAUCCUGAAUUCUUUGGAGACGCCCGUUCCUUGGGCAGUGUGGUGCCACUGGACAAGGCCUUCAUUGAGCAGGAACAGGAGUGGUCUUGUAGAAGGGAUCCACACUGGCUCGGCCUCCGAAGCAGCAGAGCUGUCCAAGGACGAUUAAAUAUUUAAGAGCUUGGAAAGGAGGUCUCAGUGGUUUCCCUGAUUUUCCAGGGAGUUCUCCCCCUUUUUAGUGAUGGAGGUAUUGCAGUGUGAUGGCUGUGACUUCCGUGGUGAGUCAUAUGACGACUUGAAGACCCACAUACAGGAAGUGCACACUGUAUUCCUGCAGCCUGCAGAUGCAGAUGAGUCUGAUUCUCUGAAAGACGAGGAGGAAGACGGGGAAGUGGAAUUUCAAGAUAAGGAAGACAAGGAUUAUACGCCUCCUAAAGCUGGAAUGAGCCCCAACUCUACUGAUAGUCCCAACCAAACAUCACAAAAGCAGACAGCUGAAACCCAUCUGCCGUUUUACCAGUGCAAGUUCUGUGUCCGUUACUUCAGAUCAAAGUCAUUCUUAAGAAACCACACCAAAAAGGUGCAUAAUGUCAUAGAGGAUGAUUCAGAUGCAAGUAUCUCCUCGCAGACAGCUAAGCAGCCCAGCUACACUGUUAUAAGGCACAAUGACAAUUCAAAAGUGUAUUCCUGUCAGUAUUGCACGUACAAGUCUCCACGCAAAGCAAGGAUAGUGAAACACCAACUAAUGUAUCAUAACAAAGUUCCCUCAGAUAGUGGUGGAGAUCCACCUGAAUACGUCGAUACUGGGGAGGAAUCUGAUUCAGCGAGUGGGAUCAUGAAGGGGACAUUUGCCUGUGAAUGGUGUGACUAUCAGACUGACCAGAAAGACAGCUGGACUAAUCACGUGGUGAAGGAGCACAGUGACAAGGUCAAGAUAGUUUCCUCCACCGCGGAACUGGAAGGGGAGGCAAGUGCAAGCUCACCCAAACCAGAUUCUCCCUCCUCUUCCCAUAGCCCGGCUAGAUCAAAGGCGAGUUUUGCUGAGGUUUGUGGGAAGGAGGAGUCAGUUGGAAACACACCAGAAAACACCUUGGAAAAGUCAGCUGCAGAGAUCUCCUCCUUCCAGUAUGCACAGAUGAGUGCAGUAACACCCAACAGCACGGGUUCCUCCAUUUUAUCAAAAAGGUUUGCAUCAUCUGACGUCCCAAACAGUGUCAUAGAGAUGGAUACCAACUUACUCAAUGAAGAAGAGUCAAGGAGCAGCUUAGAGGAUGAUGAUGAAGAAGAGUUGGGUGACAUAGAUGAUCCCAGCUAUACCGGAACAUUAUCUGCAGACGCAAAGCAGCUAUUGACAGAUGAAGAUAAUAAAUUACUGGAGACUAAAGGGAUUCCUUUUAGAAAAUACAUGAACCGGUUUCAGUGCCCCUUCUGCUCCUUCCUCACCAUGCACAGACGGAGUAUCUCCCGCCACAUUGAAAACAUUCACCUUUCUGGCAAAACCACAGUGUAUAAAUGUGAUGAAUGCCCAUUUAUUUGCACCAGCGCUCUGAAACUAGGAACGCACAAACAGAGCCACAACUCCUCAGAUUUAGAGACCAUGGACCUAACAAGUGAUAGUCCAAAUCCUCAGAAGGACGGUGCCGCAGAGCCAGUUAAUGGGGGUAAUGUAAGUUCCAAAGUCAAUGGAAAAAAGACAACCAGCACAUCGAAUGACCAGCAGAACCCUCAUCGCUGCACACUUUGCAGCUUCUCUACCACUACUCUGAAAGGUCUGAGGGUCCACCAGCAACAUAAGCAUUCCUACUGUGAUGACCUAGAUCCCACUGUCUUUGAAACCCAGAUGACUGACCAGCCAGAUUCUGAAGUGGAUGCCUCUCCAAUCUUUCUACAAAAAACCCAGACCUCCAUUUUAGGACUUGCCACUAAAAAGUCCUUAGGAACAGGGAAGAGAGCCAGGAAGUCCAUCAAUGACUUGCCUUUGGAUUUGUCCUCGGUCAAAAAGAGGACUAGAAUUGAUGAAAUUGCCAGUAACCUUCAAAGUAAGAUAAGCCAAAGCCAACAGGACAACAUCAUAAAUCUGGACGAUAUGGAUGAUGAAGAUGCUGGAGAAAAUCAUGCCAGUGCUGAUGAGAGUGGAAACUAUGACAACAAAAACCCCAUCUUUGCUUACACACAGCAUCUUCAUGCAAGAGAUAUGAUGUCUCAUGAUGGAGGCAGAAUAGGGAAAAGAAAAAGCAACCCGAAGUCAAAGCCUAGAAGCAUUCCUAUUUCACUGACUCUCUCAGAUGAUAGUGAAAACAUCUCUGCUGAUCCCAGUGACAGUACAGGCCAAGACAACAUGGAAUUUUCAGAGGAUACAGGAACCACACGUUUCUACUGUAAACACUGUGAUUAUCACAACAAAUCAGCCCGUAGCGUCAGCACACAUUACCAGAGGAUGCACCCUUACAUCAAGUUCAGCUUUAAAUACAUCCUGGACCCAGAAGACCAGAGUGCAGUCUUCCGCUGCUUAGAGUGCUAUAUUGAAUACACAAAUUACAAUGAUCUACACCAACACUACAUGGAUCACCAUCCUGAAGCAAGCAACGUGCUCAACUUCAACCAGCCACAUCUGUUGUACAUGUGCCGCUUCUGCUCGUACACAAGCCCCAAUGUGAGGAGCCUGAUGCCCCAUUACCAAAGAAUGCAUCCCACGGUGAAAAUCAACAAUGCCAUGAUCUUCUCAAGCUAUAUUGUGGAGCAGACCCCCAAAUCUGGUGAAUCGCAAACUCUGAGGGAAAUAUUAAACUCUGGUCCCAAGAAUUUUAACUCAGCCACUUCAAUGCCGAGGUCCUCCUCAAGCCCAGGGCUGAAAGCUGUUUCCAAGUCCCCUGAAGCCAGCACUGAAGCAGAACCUCUCAAAGAAGCUAUGGGUGGUAAUGUUGUUGUCUAUGAUUGCGAUGUAUGCUCCUUUGCUAGCCCGAACAUGCACUCUGUUUUGGUCCACUACCAGAAGAAACAUCCAGAGCAGAAGGCGUCUUAUUUCCGUAUACAGAAAACUAUGAAGGUCGUCUCCGUAGAUCAGUCACAGCCUGCAGCCAACUGUUCGUUCAGCCCCAGCAUGUCUUCAACACCAAAACAAGCAAGUGCAGCACUGUAUGGAUCAGAUGAAGAAAUGUACUACUGUAAACAUUGUGUGUACAGCAAUAGGUCUGUUGUUGGUGUGUUGGUCCACUAUCAAAAACGACACCCAGAAGUCAAAGUGACAGCAAAAUAUAUCAAACAUGGCGCUCCUACCCCCGGUUUGAUGAAACUAAUGGAUGAAUUGCAAAUUGCAACUCCCAAACAGUUUUUGAAGCAGUUCCAAAAUAAUGGUCACGAUGGAUCUAAUAACUCAAGCCCUAAAACAGGAAGUGGUGAGAAAUGUGAGGACGAACUCUUCUUUUGUCAGCACUGUGAUUAUGGCAACCGUACUGUAAAAGGAGUGCUUAUUCACUACCAGAAGAAGCACCGGGAAACCAAGGCCAACGCUGACCUUGUACGUCGUCACACUGCAGUUGUCCGGAGUCAGCGUGAGCGUGCACAGAUGGUUCAGUCAGGUAGUGUCUCUUCUGCCAUGAUCCCAGCAGCUCCGGAGAAUGAAAACGCUACACCUUUGCGUUCCCUCAAGUGCAGACACUGUUCCUACACAUCACCUUAUGUCUAUGCCCUCAAGAAGCACCUUAAGAAAGAACAUCCCACUGUGAAAGCCACAGCCAUGGCCAUUUUACACUGGGCUUACCAAGAUGGCAUUCUGGAGGCUGGCUAUCACUGCGAGUGGUGUAUAUACUCCCAUUCUGAACCCCAGGGCCUGUUGCUCCAUUACCAAAGACGUCACCCUGAACAUAAUGUUGAUUACACAUACAUGGCCAGUAAACUAUGGGCUGGGCCUGAAACCACCCAACAAGGGGGCAAUAUGGAAAAUAAACAUUACAAAUGUAAAGACUGUGCCUUUGAGGCCUUGUCAAUAUGGGACAUCACUAGUCACUAUCAGGCAGUCCACCCCUGGGCAAUUAAAGGAGAUGAAUCUGUGCUUUUGGAUAUCAUCAAAGGGAACGUCUCAGUUGAAAAGUUCCACCAGCAGGUUGCCAAAGAACAUGCGACUCUGAAUUGUCAGUCUAUUGAAGAUGAUGGAGCACUGAUCAUUGCCACACCACCCCAAGAAAACAAUCCCCAUCCUAUCCACCCACGCCUUUCCAUCUCUAAUAAUGCUUAUCAGUGUACUGUAUGUCUGUCCGAGUACAACAGUCUCCAUGGCCUCCUCACUCACUAUGGAAAGAAGCACCCUGGCAUGAAAGUAAAAGCUGCAGAUUUUGCACAGGAGGCAGACAUCAACCCCAGUUCUGUGUAUAAAUGUCGUCACUGUCCGUACGUAAACUCCCGCAUCCACGGAGUCCUAACUCACUAUCAGAAAAGACACCCGCUAGUGAAAGUCACAGCAGAAGACUUUGCCGAUGAUAUAGAGCAGAUCAACGAGUUACACGAAGGAGAUGACAAGUUCAAAACUCAAAGGCAAGGCUAUGGUGCAUACAGAUGCAAAAUGUGCCCGUACACACACGGAACACUGGAGAAACUCAAAAUCCAUUAUGAGAAAUAUCACAAUCAGUCUGUUUCUGACAUGUUCGCUCCCUCUCUGACAAUUUUUUCAUCCAGUAAAGAAACAGAGCCAGUAGCCGAAUGCAGUGCCAGUAAUAUAUCAAGCACAGCAAAAGUCCAAGAGGUCAGUGAAUUGGACCUUGCCCUCUCUCAGUUACCCAUCAAUAAGACAGAGAAACAUGCUGUAUUCAAGUGUCAGCUCUGCAAAUACUUCUGCUCUACUAGGAAAGGCAUUGCUCGCCACUACCGCAUCAAGCACAACAACGUCCGUGCUCAGCCAGAGGGUAAAAACAAUGUCUUCAAAUGCGCUCUAUGUUCAUACACUAACCCUAUACGCAAAGGUCUGGCAGCACACUACCAGAAGCGCCAUGAUAUCGAUGCAUAUUAUACCCACUGUCUGGCUGCUUCCAAGACUAUAACUGAAAAGCCAACCAAAGUGAUGGCUCCUCCACCAUCAGUAGGGGACAGUUCGGAAAUGAGUGAAGACUUGCGUUUGGCUGUGGAGAGACGAAGGUGUUCCCUUUGCGCCUUCCAGGCCUUCAGCAGGAAGAGCAUUGUUUCACACUACAUUAAACGCCACCCAGGUGUCUUCCCCAAGAAGCAGCAUUCUAGCAAGCUUGGUCGCUACUUUACUGUUAUAUAUGCCAAAGAACCCGAGGAAACUGCUGUUAGUGCAUUGGCAGAGGAAGACAAGGAAGUGCUGGAGGUUCCACUUGAACCCGAACAGGACAGCGAGGUUGAAUGGCUGCCAUUCAAGUGUCUAAAAUGCUUCCGGUUGUCCUUUAGCACAGGAGAGCUGCUCUCUAUGCACUACAACGACCACCACGGCAAUGACUUGAAGAGGGACUUUGUGGCAUCGACUGAAACUGGGGAGGAGGACUCUGAGUUGUACCAGUGUUCUCACUGUGAACUGAACUUCCUUGGUCUCCCUGUUCUGGCCAAACAUCUGCUGAAUCACAAUGACGAGUUUCGGAAGAGGGCCAUGAGGCAGGAGAGAAGGAAGCAGCUUCUCAGCAAGCAGAGGCCCACACAGCUGCCUGAGAAUAAACCUGAGAAGGAAAGCCCUAUAGAUAGAACUCCCAUAGGAUUCAGGUGUAAGUUCUGCAUAGAGAUACACCCGACGCUCCGAGCAAUCUGCAACCACCUGAGGAAGCACGUCCACUACGGAGAGGUCAAACAGGGGCAUGUCAAGCAGGAGGUCAGUGAGGUCCCGCUGACGCUGCCCUCUGAGAGCCUGACUAAUGGCGACUUGGAGGGCGAUGAAGCAGCAGAAACCGAUGUCCUGGAGAGACCUGAAGAUACAUCGAUGGGCCCACCCUUCUCUACAGCAUCCGAUGAUGUUGCUGUUGCCGUGGAGACCCUGGAUGCAGAAGCGGAUGUUGUUGAAGGAAGGGCAGCGGCCCUUGUGGCUGCAGCCCGAGCCGUGGUGUCAGAGAGCCAGCUGAAGCAGCGGUUAGCGGCCGGAGGUCACGCAUGUGCCCAGUGCGACCGAGUCUUCAUGUCCAUGCAGGGACUGAGAUCCCAUGAGAGGAGCCACUCAGCUAUGGCCCUGUUCAGCAGAGAAGACAAAUACAGCUGCCAGUACUGCCAGUUUGUCUCACCCUUCAGACACAAUCUGGACAGACAUGUGCAGUCUCACCACGGGCACCACAAGCCCUUCAAGUGCAAGUUCUGCCCCUUUAAAUCUGCCUACGUGAGCCGCUUGAAGAGCCACCUGCAUAAGGCACACACAGGUGAGCAGCACACAUACAAGUGCUUGUCGUGUCCCUUCUCCUCCAUGACCAUCAGCCAGCUGAAGGAACACUCUCUGAGAGACCACGGCGAGGCCCUGACCCUUCCAAAACUCCGAGCUGCUACCCAGGCUGCACAUGCCGCCCUCAGGCCCUCCCGACUGCCCAGUAACGCUGAGCAGACUCCCAUGGCCCCGGAUGAUCCAUCGUACCUGGAGCCAGCCGACGUCCGUCAACAGCUCAGUCAUUACCAGCUGGCCAGUCAAAUGUCUUCCUGCUUGACUCCUGGUGGCUCCACACUGGGUGAGUGUCGUCCAGAAGCUGCCCUCACAUGCGAGUUCUGUGAGUUCAGCUCCGGAUACAUGCAGAGUCUACGCCGGCACUACAAGGACCGCCACGGUGGCAAGAAGCUCUUCAAGUGCAAAGACUGUUCCUUUUUCACCUGCUUCAGGAAUACCUUCACCAUGCAUGUGGAGGCAGGUCACAACAACAUUGCACCUGAAGAUCUCCCUAAAGACCUGCGCUGCCCUCUCUGCCUCUACCACACCAAACACAAGAGCAAUAUGAUCGACCACAUUGUUCUUCACAGAGAGGAGCGCGUGGCUCCGCUGGAGGUCAGCCGCUCCAAGCUGUCGCGCCACCUUCAGGGCCUGGUUUUCCGUUGCCACAAAUGCACCUUCACGUGCUCCAGCGACCAGGCCCUGCAGCUUCACCUGCAGAAGCACGCUGAGAUCAAGCCCUACCAGUGCCAGCUCUGCUACUAUGACAGCAGUCGACGGAGCCAGCUAGAGGAGCAUCUACGCCUUGAGCACAAGGUUAUCCGAAACUUUGAGCUGAUGGGUCGAGUCAACCUGGACCAGCUGGAGAUGUUACAGGAACAAGGGAGCAGCGCAGAGGAGGACGAGGAGAGAGACAUGAUGGAGAUGGUAGCAGAUGGAAAUGUUGCUCUGGAGGAGGAGGAGGACGAGGAGGAGGAGGAAGAAGAUGAUGAUGAAGGAAUGGAAAUUAUGGAGAACCUAGUGGAGGACCAGAGAGAGAUGGACGGUGACGAGAUGGAUGACAGCAUCAGGGACGAAGAGGAGGAAGAGGAGGAGGAAGACGAAGUCAAGGAGGUGGAGCAGGAAAAGCCGCCCCUGCAAGAGGUCCUAUCAUCUUCCAUCAGCAGCAGCAGCUCUGGGCCAAGCAGUGUAGAGAAGCGUCUUCCCUGCGAGUUCUGCGGUCGCUGCUUCACCAACAGCUUCGAAUGGGAACGACAUGUCCUUCGACAUGGCAUGACGGUUAACAACAGCCUGCUGGACACCAGCACCACUUCAGCAAUAGAGGCUUCAGCUCCAUCUUCCACCGGCUCCUCGGUGUUCUUCGACGCAAACUUGGACCUGUCCAGCAACAGACAAGAGGAAGGGAACCCUGCUGAUCUAUCACUGACAAAUCAAAGCCAGUAUGUAGAAGACAAAGACAUGCUUGACACCAAAAAGGAUCAACAGUUUGGUUGAACUGAUUGUGGCCUCUUGGUAUACUGUGCUAGAAAACAUUAACAUUGGGUAGGAUCAGCGCUGCGUGGGAUUGGAAAAAUAAGAUGUCAGAGGAAACGAAAAGGUUGAAACUUACAAAAAAAGUGACUUUUUAUGAGUUGGUGCAUUAUUAGAUUUUAGGUGUUAUAUAUAUAAGUAUUAGGUUGUGCUGCAUAAAACGGCUGAGCUCUUUAAAUGGGCGGUCCCCUAGGACAGAUCUUAAUAUAUUGGUAACCAAUAGUGAACAGAACUCUUUAUUGCUGACAUUCUGGUCAAAUCUACAGUGAAAGAUCCCACCUAGACAAAACUAAGCUAUUUAUAAGAAUGUUGUCCAAAAUGAUGAACUAAAUUUAGCUUUUUAUUAUUUGAAGCACCUUUUACACUCCUCCCUGUUCAUCCAAAACAGGGGUAAUGUAAAUUUACCGAAAACGCAAGAAACAGUAUAUGAAAGCAUUUACAACCACGGCCCACUGUAGAGCAACCUCUUCUGAUUUCUUGUCGAACUUCGAGACUUUUUUUCAUCUUAACCUUGUGUUAAACUUAUGGAGGUUUUCCUUGAAGAAGAGUCGCACCUUAUCUAUUUUAGUAAAAUUGUGAAUCGUGUUUUCAUGACAGUAUGCCCCAAUGUUUGUAGCAAAUUGCUAUAAUUUAGGUCCCUUAAUAUUAUACUACGUAUAAGCCUUCAGCCUGUUGCACCCUUCAAAUUUUAACCGUACUGUUUUUAUCGUCCAGUAAUUUCACUAAUUCAAUCAUCAAAGUUAGUGGGGUUUAUUUAAAUUUCCCUGUCCCUCUAAAAUAUCAUUUUGUUUGUAGUCUAGGCUGAAUAAUUUUACAGUUGCCCUGUGCACUCAACAGAUCAGUAUAACAACAGAUAUAUAUGUUAAAUGUGUCAUAUCUCGAACCAUAUCCGUUCACGAUUAACCUGGAACAUUACAGCCUUUCACAAUAAUUUCAUCUUUACCAAGAGACAGAGAUUACACUUGUCUUUUCAAUGCAAAAUUUGUGACUGGGUGUGCCAGAAUCCAGUUCUGUCCACAUUCUUUGGAGGCGGGGUAGAGUCCACACCUCACAGAGACAGAUCCCUGAGGUACGAACCUCCGGGUGUGUUCUGGUUCGCUGGAUCACACUGUGCACAGGGUCGGACACACUUUCUUCAGACCACCACGGCUGAGUUUAGAAACCAGUGCUUAAGUGCCUUAAAAUGCAGUUCCUCUAAUGGCCACUGUAUGGCUUUAAUCGCUUUAAAAACACAAACUCUUUUAAAGUAAGUAAGAAAACCCCCAACUUCUCUCUUAAAGAAAAGAUUUCUUCCACAAAAACAAAAUAAUAAUAAUAUGCCUCAACAGCUGAUUUAACAAUGUGUGCCUUAGUGGCAUUUUGGAAAGACUCUCUUUAAUUAAGACCAGAUUAGAUCAAAUUAAAUUCAUGCUUAUUAUAAUUGCACAGACUACGCGCCAGUACAAUGAAAUGUGAUUUAGCAUCUAGUGCAAGGAUAUGAGGCUCAAAGCAUUGGUUUAACAAGAUUACCAAAAAAAAAUCAUCUCAUCUACCUUUAGUAGUUUUUAGCCAUACAAAUGUUUAGUUUUUUUGUGAAGGUUUUAAAAUAUCCAUUUUUAACAUGCUUUUAACAUGACACCCCCCCACCCCCCCCC